AUGAAUAUAACGCAUAUUGAACAUCAACUUGAACAUCAAGUGAAGGUUCCAACACCAAACUAUAUGGAUAUCAGUUUGAUGUACGGCAAUGAAUCCGGACGAAAUGCGGAUGUGUAUAGCCUUGCCGACGUCGAUCUACUUUUUGCGAAUAUUGAACUAGAUAUUUACAUUGACCUUGGCGUGGUGAACAUCAUUCUUAUCGUACUCUAUAGCGCCAUCUUCAUCGUCGGUCUCCUUGGCAAUAUAUUUGUUAUCGUCGCGAUCAUAAAGUUCAAAAGUCUGCGCACGCUAACGAACUACUUUCUUUUGAACCUCACGGUUGGUGACAUAUUGGUUAUAUUGGUUUGCAUACCUGUCACUCUUGGAAGAUAUUCGGUGAUUGGUCACACUCUUUGGAUUGGAAAUUCGAUUUUGAUGGAGGGCAAUGGUAGUCAAAAGAAAAGUAACAACAUAAUUUUGAAGCAACGGCGAAGAACUGUGAAGAUGCUUAUUUGCAUAGUAGUGAUAUUUGGACUUUGUUGGCUCCCAUAUUAUAUUGUAUACUUUUGGAUUGAUGCAAAUUUAAGCAUCGGUGCUGAGAAUGGCAUUCUUACAAAUGUGUAUCCGUUUGUUAUGUUGCUCGGUUUAUCAAACUCAGCAGUGAAUCCAAUCUGCUAUUGCAUUCUUAGCCGUGGAUUUCGAAGGGGGUUUGAUAGUAUAUUGUGCGUUAACUUCUUGAGGAGAGGUGGGGGCUUUUUGCGAUCAUCCUUCAAAAUGAAAUCGACCGCGAGUGGAAGCAUAGACACAGCGGAGGUGUGA